CAGAUUCGCGGGGCCGCCUCGCCAGUUAUCGCCAUGUACGAAGCUUCGCUGAAUUCAUUCGAAGCGGACCUUAUCGACCCACGACACAUGCGAGAAGUAAACCGCCUUCGCAGAUCUACGCACCAUUUUAACACGGGUGAUCUGAGGCUGCAGGCUGCCUUGUUCCUACUUUCUGCAGAACCCGACCAUGGAUCAAGAACAACUCGUCGCUAAAAUACUUGAUGAAUUUUCUCCGGAGAACUAUCCAGCCCAUAGCGUGAAAAUGUUACCUUUGCUGAACCCUAUCCUUCAGGAAAUGCACUCAAUUUUCACCUCAGAACUCGUCAAAGGAGGCAUACUGCUGGAAGUCGGCUGCGGCCCCUGUAUGUACACGGCAAUGGCAGCCUCGGUGGCGUUCGAGCACAUCGUCAUGGCUGACCUGGUGCCUGCCAACAUCCUGGAAGUCCGCAAAUGGGUGGACGCUGCGCCGGAUGCUAAGGACUGGACGCUGUUCGCCCAGCGUUUGGCCGUUAUAGAAGGGCACGCGGACGCAGAGUGUGCCGCAGCUGCCAUUAUUUCAAGGACACGCAAUGCAAUCUGCGAGGUGAGGCUGUGCAACAUCGCUAAGCCUGGCGUUUUGCUUGGUCGCGGCGAGGAAGCACAGUUCGAUGCUGUUAUCGCUUGCCUCUGCUUGGACAGCGGUUCGGUCGACCAGGCCGCUCACGAGCGCGCCGUAGCUAACCUGACGGAACUGAUAAAGCCUGGUGGCAUCCUCAUAGGCUGCGGAGUAACAGGAAACUCCACCUUCACCGUCUGCAGAAAGCCGUUCUCGUCUCUAAACUCCAGCGAAGGCUCAAUAAAGAGCUCUUUCACCAAGGCGGGGCUUAAAGUGGAACACUGGAGCAGCCAAAAAAGCCUACCGUGCAUGGAAUCCUACAUCAGCUACGAAGCCACUUACGUGAUCGUCGGGCGCAAGCAACACCGUUAAACUUGUGAAUCGGCGUGAGGCAUCGAAAAUGGUGACCGGGUACUUGAACAUUUUUGCAUUACUUGUGAUAGUAGGACUCUGGAAUAAUGGCGUUGAGAUACCGUACCGGAGCACUUCGUUCGCAUGUACAAGAACGCUUUGCACGCUUAGCAUUUGAGAAUCUGUGCGCGCAUACAGCGCAAAAAUAUUGAGUAAAAUUUAUUUCCCGCAUCGCGUUGUUGCUUGUGAAAAGUUGCUCCGAGAACACAAGAACUUGACUUAUGCCUGUGUACAUGAUCGCGAGGUAGCCGCAGGCAUCAAUCUCUAGGCACCGAUCUGGUUGACCAUUGUCAAACAUUGUCAUUAAUGUCAUGAAUAUAUUUCAUAAAUUUUCGUGACGAAACGCACAUGCUAGGCCGCCACAAUGUUGACGUUAUGAAAAGCAAGUGUGACAUUCUUAUUGCGCUUCGCUUAUACUGCGAUACCUACAGAAAGAGCAAUGGGAAGAAUACGCCUCGUGCCCAGUGAUAAUGAUGCAGGCCACGCCGUGACAUAUAUUUUAUAACGCAAUAUGCAUUGUUGUUUGGGACGGAAGUUCCUCGGGGUACGUAUGACCUGAGGGACCAUAUCCUAGCUGCCUCAUCAAUGGCAGGCCGCCCUACUCGGAGUUUGUCCCAUGUGAAGCAUAGACAAGACACUUUGAAAGAAAACCCAGAAAACUCUGCGAGUAAUUGCCUGUUAAAACAUAGAGUUAUAUAAACGUGCAGGGAUUGGUUACCAGAUGUCUGAAAGGAGCGUUUGUUCUCUACUCAUUGCGCUAUCUUACAUGCAUGUUCUUACAUAGCCUCGGCAGCUCUUUCACAUGUUUUCUAAGCUUCACGGGCACUAUCACACAGUUAGUGCUUUCAUGACGCACUAUUGAUCAUUUCGUGUUAUUGCUUUCAUCCGACGCUACACUCGCUCGCCUUUCUCGUGGUACCAGCAGACGACCGGGUUCACUCCUGUAUGGUGCUGUUCGUAUGUGACUAGUGCUGUAUUUUUUCCGAGAACACCAUUCUGUGACUGAUGCUCAAACAUUUCGACGCACUGACCUUUCCAGGUGUAAAACCAAGGUGCCCGAUGGUCUAUGCGUGGUGCUGUGGCUUUUCUUGCAACUGGUCAAUAAGUACACCCCGCUCCAGUCUUAACUGUAUGCCAUUAGUUUUACGAGUGGCGGACCUUUCUUAACCACGCGCGAAAAAGACCCUGCGAAAUGUCAUUGUUUUUAUUACUACUCCAGGUACAUACCCUGAAAAUACUUUGUUUCGUAAAUACGACCUUCAAGCUCAGCCAAGGUCAAACUGGGACUUUGACUGCCUAAUGCGUAUGUAAUGAAAACGAACAGCGGCUCAAGGUCAGUCUUUCGUGCCGCCAUCGCCAGAAGCGCUGGCUGUGUCCAACUUCCCUGCACGUCCGCGCCAAGAAUGCCGAGCAACGUCUGUUUGUUGUCUUGUGGUGUGAUUGUAUAUGCAGUAGUUGCUCCUACCACAAGUUGAAUCUCUGCAUACGAAUGGUCUCGUUCUUUCCCAAAGCAAGCGGAACCGAGCUAUCACUCGACAGGCUUGGUUUUAUCGCAUUCAACCGCGGCGAUAUUUCAUAGAGACCGACGCGAGGCGUAACAGUUGCAUUACUUGACGAGAUCCAAUAAAACUAUAGCGCAGCGACCACGAAUGUAGCGGAAGGUGCCUCUUAGGUUGUUCGUAUUAGGUAAACUAAAUAUCCGAAGUUUUUUUUCACUAGCAACACCUUUACUGCAAAUUCCAACAACCCAUAUUUCAUUCCAAGUCGUAUUUUCAAUCGGCACACACUAGUUUGUACUUUUCCUAGCGUUUGCACCUUUGCAUUGCUUACCUUAGUUAGCUACUGUUUUUUCUUGUCGCGUUCUUACUGCUUCUAGCUAAUCACACCUGUUGAUUACCUUGGAUGGCGUUAUCAAUAUAAAUAAACGUUAUGUAUGCAGAUGUAAUAAAACAUUGUUUUUGAGCCAUU